AAAAAAAAAAAGCUUCUGUUUGUCAAGGCAAGGAAGACAAUCUUUAAAAGAUGCUCAGAGGAUAUCCCACAUACUCAAAAUCUCCAUUGCAAACAAAAAGAAUUCCAAAGAUGUUUGCAGUAUGGAUUACUACUCUUUCUCUUCUUGAUGCAGCCAGAGGAAGGCAAGUUUGCUACAAAAGGCUUGGAUGCUUUACAGAUAAUCCGCCUUGGUCUGGGAUUCCAGAAAGACAACUGGCAGGUUUGCCUAGCCCUCCAGAAGCUGUGAAUACCAAUUUCCUACUUUACACUAGAGACAACAUCAUGAGAUAUCAAAAGAUUUCUGCUACAAAUCCUUCAACUAUCAAAGCUUCAAAUUUUCAAAUACACAGGAAAACUCGCUUCAUUAUACAUGGCUAUCUUGCUGCAGCAGACAUCUCCUGGAUAACAGAUAUGUGCAGGUUAAUGUUUCAUGUUGAAGAUGUGAACUGCAUCUUGACUGACUGGAGAGGUGGUUCUAGUGGUUUGUACACUGAAGCAGUGAACAACGUCCGCAUUGUGGGGGCUGAGCUAAUAUAUUUUGUGAACCUUCUUGAGAAAGACUAUGGCUACCCUCCUGCCAAGAUUCAUUUAAUUGGCCAUAGUCUUGGAGCACAUGCUGCAGGGGAGGCAGGGAGAAGGAAACCUGGCAUUGGAAGAAUAACAGGUUUGGAUCCAGCUGGGCCUCUUUUCCAGUAUACACCAACAAUGGUUAGGCUGGAUCCUUCAGAUGCAAAAUUUGUUGAUAUAAUUCACACACAUGCUGGUCAUCUGCUCUUUGACUUUGCUCCAGGGAUUCUUCAGACUUGUGGCCACCUGGAUUUUUACCCAAAUGGUGGGAAGAAAAUGCCAGGAUGUGAGGAACUUCGUGCACCUCCUGCAACUUGGAAUAUCGAUGCCCUUAUGAGAGAAUAUAGAUCUAUUGGAUGUGGACAUAAAAGAAGUCUCCAGUAUUAUGCUGAAAGCAUUAUCACUCCAAAUGGCUUUGUUGGGUAUCUGUGUGAAACAUACCGAGAUUUUGUAUCAGGAGCCUGCUUUCCAUGUCCCAAGGAAGGAUGCCCACUGAUGGGUCAUUAUGCUGAUAAGUUUUCACAUAAAACUGGGAAAGAACAGCAAAAGGUUUUUUUAAAUACAGGGCCCCUCCCUCCAUAUGCUCGCUGGCGAAAAGAGAUAUGUGUCAGAGUAUCUGCAACAGAAACCGUGACGGGAGAAAUAGAUGUAGCCUUGACUGGAACUAAUGGGAUCAGGAGAAAAUAUACAAUCGACAAGGGAACUUUCAAACCAGGCAACACAUAUUUGAACUAUAUCGAUAUAGAAAUUUCUAGGAACAUUUCAGAAGUUGAGUUUCUCUGGAAAAAGCAUCCAGGUCAUUUAUGUAGAGGCUGUAUGGGAGCUGAAGAAGUCACAAUAAUAUCUGGGGAAAAUGGAAAUGUGUCUACAUUUUGUGGCCAUGGAACUGUGCAGUCAAGCACAUGGCAAACUCUGACACCUUGCUAAGACUUCAAUGAAAACACUGCGUUUGUCUGCUGUGGUAACGUUCACAGCCUAGAGGAAACAAUUUUUUCAGUCAGUGGCAAACCGUUAACAAGGGUCUUUCAAUAGAUAUCAAAAAUUUGCUCAGUCCUCUGCAAAAGUUUUAUUUACAAAUUCAUGUUUUCAGCUUUUCUCCGUGAGGAGGAGUUGUGCUUCUCUGAAGUUCCAGUUACAAUGACACCUAGUGGGUAUUUUACUAGUAAUACUCUCAUGCAGUUUGAUUGUAUUUCAGAAUAAAUGGGGAAAACACUAAAAUAGGAAAAAAGAGAGCCAGGCAACUCGCCUUUGAAAUAUACUUAAUUAUCAUAGAAGCUUCAAGGAAAAAAAUAAAAUAAAAAGGAUUAUAUAGAGACAUAUUCUUUAAUAGUAUCCUUUUCCUGAAUAACUAAGCAGGCACUUUCAUGCUUUCUGGAGCAUCUGACUGUAUAUCAGGUAUUUGAAGAAUAAUUUUAGAUAUAAAAAUAUUCAGAGCUUGAAUGGCAUUGCCUUAUUUGUGUCCUUUCUUCCUGAAGAACACAUUUAAACCAACA